CGCGCAGAACUGUGCACUUACAGAAUAAACACGGUUACCAAAUCUCACCCCCGGAGUCUGCUCAGCUCCAGCCCGUAGCGAUACCUGGUACAGUGUCGGUCUUUGUCUCUGGGUCUUUCUCCUGCUCUCGAGCUACACGCAACCCACUCAACAGAAACAGCCUAGGUUUGUACAGCCCCCGGCAGCUGCCGGGCUAGCAGGGCCGGGGCGCACAGCGCGCCUCCCCACCCUGGGCCCGCCGCAAGCCCUUCCUUCCCCUGUGCCAGGCACCAGCUGCGCCCCUCCGCGGCGCGGGCACUCGCAGACCCGCCUCGAGGCUGUUGACAGGUGCCUUCAGUCCUUCCUCCUUCCAGACCCCCAAAGGAAAAGAAAGCGAACAGCCAACCUCUCGCCCUCAUUAUGCACACGUUUGGAGAAUGGUUGGUGGCGAACAACCCGCAGAAUCACUUCCAUCUCGUCGUCCCUGGACGGGAGGAGACAGCCCCAGUGACCGAGGCCGGGGCUAAGCCUUCUUGAGAGCGUUCCUCCACUUCUGCCGAUCACUUCUGCCUUCAAGGGGGGCUCGCGACCAGGUUGAAGUGCUGCUGAUGGGUGCCAGGGAGACAGAGCGAUGCCCAGACGGCCUGGGCCGCCGGAGACAGCAAGCUGUCCAACGUGGCCACGUCCGUAUCCAACAAGUCCCAGGCCAAGGUGAGCGGCAUGUUCGCCAGGAUGGGUUUUCAGGCUGCCACCGACGAGGAGGCGGUGGGCUUCGCGCACUGCGACGACCUCGACUUUGAGCACCGUCAGGGCCUGCAGAUGGACAUCCUGAAAACCGAGGGCGAGCCCUGCGGGGACGAGGGCGCUGAACCGCCCGUCGAAGGAGACAUCCAUUACCAGCGAGGCGGUGGCGCGCCCCUGCCGCCCUCGGGCUCCAAGGACCAGUCCCUGGGAGCUGGUGGCGAGUUCGGGGGCCACGACAAGCCCAAGAUCACGGCGUGGGAGGCGGGCUGGAACGUGACCAACGCUAUCCAGGGCAUGUUCGUGCUGGGCCUGCCCUACGCCAUCCUGCACGGCGGCUACCUGGGAUUGUUCCUCAUCAUCUUCGCCGCCGUGGUGUGCUGCUACACUGGCAAGAUCCUCAUCGCAUGCCUGUACGAGGAGAACGAAGACGGCGAGGUGGUACGCGUGCGGGACUCGUAUGUGGCCAUCGCCAACGCUUGCUGCGCUCCGCGCUUCCCCACGCUGGGCGGCCGCGUAGUGAACGUGGCGCAGAUCAUCGAGCUGGUGAUGACUUGCAUCCUGUACGUGGUGGUGAGCGGCAACCUCAUGUACAACAGCUUCCCAGGGCUGCCCGUGUCGCAGAAGUCCUGGUCCAUCAUCGCCACGGCGGCGCUGCUGCCCUGCGCCUUCCUUAAGAACCUCAAGGCCGUGUCCAGGUUCAGCCUGCUGUGCACUUUGGCCCACUUCGUCAUCAACAUUCUGGUCAUUGCCUACUGCUUAUCAAGGGCGCGCGAUUGGGCCUGGGAGAAGGUCAAGUUCUAUAUCGACGUCAAGAAGUUUCCCAUCUCCAUUGGCAUCAUCGUGUUCAGCUACACGUCGCAGAUCUUCCUGCCUUCGCUGGAGGGCAACAUGCAGCAGCCCAGCGAGUUCCACUGCAUGAUGAACUGGACGCACAUCGCCGCCUGCGUGCUCAAAGGCCUCUUCGCGCUCGUCGCCUACCUCACCUGGGCCGAUGAGACCAAGGAGGUCAUCACGGAUAACCUGCCCGGUUCCAUCCGCGCCGUGGUCAACAUCUUCCUGGUGGCCAAGGCCCUGUUGUCCUACCCGUUGCCCUUCUUCGCUGCUGUCGAGGUGCUGGAGAAGUCGCUCUUCCAGGAAGGCAGCCGCGCCUUCUUUCCCGCCUGCUAUGGCGGCGACGGGCGCCUCAAGUCGUGGGGCCUGACGCUGCGCUGCGCGCUGGUCGUCUUCACGCUGCUCAUGGCCAUCUACGUGCCGCACUUCGCGUUGCUUAUGGGCCUCACCGGCAGCCUCACGGGCGCCGGCCUCUGCUUCCUCCUGCCCAGCCUCUUCCACCUGCGCCUGCUCUGGCGCAAGCUGCUGUGGCACCAGGUCUUCUUCGACGUCGCCAUCUUCGUCAUCGGCGGCAUCUGCAGCGUGUCCGGCUUCGUGCACUCGCUGGAGGGCCUCAUUGAGGCCUACCGAACCAACGCGGAGGACUAGGGCACUAGGGCCAGCCCCGGCCACCCUCCCGCGCUCUCCCCGCUGCCCACCCACCCCUCCCCCAACAAACCCGUGCGCCCUGCAGCCGCGCUUGGGAAGCCAAGCUUUAAACAUCUCUGGCUCCCCGUUUCUGAUUUUGGGGGUUGGGGGCGGGAGGGGAUAGGGAUCCACAAUCCAUUGCGUCUGCGUUUCUGUUGUCCUUUCUUUUCCACAACACCCUGGUUUCGGGGGAGGCGGCGGCGCAUCUGUGGGCAGGGUUUUCUGUCCUUCCAGGAGGGGCCCCGACACUUCGGUCCCUGUCACCGAGGGGGGGGGGAAGGGAGGGAGAGGGGGCACAACUCGCAGGCGCAGAAACUUGACCUUGCGGGCACAUUUCACAGCCAUCAGUGCUUGGAAUCUGCAGAGUCUAGCCAUUUCCAGCAAGAACGAUUCCCAUUCCGGAGACAUUUCAACCCUUCAGCGGGAAAGGCUGGCCGGGAAAUCCGUUUCGGGUGGGCGAUUUCCUUCGCCGAAGCGGGGAAGCGAGAAGCCCCGGCGGGGCCGACUUGCUUGCCGGUUUUCAGGAAUCCAAACUCAUCUUGUGCAAUUUAUCAGGUUGUGGAACUGUUCUGCUGUGCGUGUGGUGUGCUCGUGGUGAAUAAGAUGAAAUGUAUAUCAGAAAAAAAAAUCUUUCUCUAAUUUAGAGUGCGGUGCAUAAUUAUAUCCGCAAAUAAAGAAGAAACAAAGGCG